AGGCCAUAUGAGGGAUCAAUCUGAAAGUUUCUCAGGCCAGAAGAAAAUCUCUUUCUCUGAAAAUCGAAACGCCCAUAGGCCUGUCGUUUCACCAAUCCCCAUCUCUUUCGACAGCUUCACCUCCACCUCCACCGAGACCUCACUCACACAAAACGCAUAUGAGCUCUCCUGUCCUCCACACUCUAAGACCAAUUCCUCACUGAGACCCACUGUAAUUCUCACACCCGUUUCCUCCCACGGGAUUCACAGGGGAAGAGACCAGCUCCCUUUUAUCCCCGAAACCAGCUCCUCCUCCUCCUCCAUCGUCCUCCCUGAACCUCUGUCUCCUUUAGUCACUAUAUCCACCAUACCCACAGGCCCCCAUCAGCACCUUUUCCCGUUUCCUUUCCUCCGAAGUCGCCAGUUCCCCCUUUCAACAUCCUCAUUCGCUUUAUCACCUCCGUUCCUUCUCUCCACCGAAGCGACCAGAAGUCCCCACGAAACCCUGGUGCCAUCUCCAUUGAUACCCAGCCUCCCGAUUCAUUGCAAUAGCGGCAACACCCGUGGAACCAGAAAGGCUCAGACCAAUAGAGCCCUUUAUCAGCUGAUGCAGCGUCCGCCUCCAUUGAGACGGGACGGCAGCUCAUUGUUAGAGGCAGAGACCCAUUCUACCGGCUUCACUAUCAGUUUCUCGCACCAAGGCUUUGGGCAUACUCUCCAAAUUCGGCUCCCCUAGAAGCAUUGACGCUGCGACACCUUGUCUUUGCGUGAACAGGACGGAGCAAGCCUAGUACUACGCCGUGGUUCAGAGGAGGUGCCAGCAUUCCUUGUCUACUGAGACAGAACACUAGUUUGCUUCCAGACAGUAGAUUCACACUUGACCGGAGACCACUUUCCUUUUACCUGCUUCAACGUCAGAUUCUCGGGCCAAGGAUUUGGGUAGGGAGCUCUAUUGACAAGUAGGUCAACGCAGCAUCAGGACCACUGAUUAACUGACGUUGCUACACCGAUUCGGCCAGAACAUGCCCUCAUUGCUACACCCAAUUGGCAGAUUGGUGCAGACCUGCAACUGCAAAGGAUUAAAUAUUUCCAAGCUUCUUUCAUCGCUUCAAGCCUAUAGCCCAUUCUUUUCAGCAGCCACAGAUUCUUGGCAAGUUACCUCUGAUCACCUUGAAAAUGAAAAAAAAUAUACUGAUUUGGAUCUUUGUUUCCAGUCCUGCACCAAGCUUCCCCAUGCCAAGUGUCUUCACAACGUUCUUCUGGUGUCAGGACAAGCUCAAAAUAUCUUGGUCUCUACAAAACUUGUCAAUCUUUAUUCCUACCUUGGUGAAGUCUUAUUAUCUCGUUGCACUUUUGAUCAGAUUCCUAAGAAAAAUGUCUAUACCUGGAAUUGUAUGAUCUCUACUUAUGUUCGUCAUGGCCGUUUCAAUGAAGCUCUAUGCUGUUUCUAUCAGUUCUUGUUGACAUCUGGCUUUCAACCUGAUUUUUACACUUUUCCUCCUGUGGUUAAAGCUUGCCAAAAUCUACUUGAUGGGGAAAAAAUACAUUGCAUAAUUUUAAAGCUGGGUUUUGAGUGGGAUGUUUUUGUAGCUGCCUCCUUGAUACACAUGUAUUCGCGAUUUAGAUUGGUACAUGCUGCCCGAAAACUGUUUGAUGUUAUGCCAUCACGAGAUAGAGGUUCAUGGAAUGCAAUGAUUUCUGGGUAUUGUCAGAAUGGGAAUUUUGCAAAGGCAUUGGAUGUUGCAGAUGAGAUGAGAUUGGAAGGAUUACCUAUGGAUGCUUUUACUGUUGCCAGUAUUCUUCCUGUUUGUGCACAAAUGGAUGAUAUUGUAAGUGGGAAGUUGAUUCAUUUGUUGGUUAUAAAGCAUGGAUUAGAAUUCAAACUUUUUGUCUCCAAUGCAUUAAUUAACAUGUAUGCCAAAUUUGGUAGCUUGAGCCAAGCACAGAAAAUUUUUGAUCAGAUGAUGACUAGAGAUAUUGUGUCAUGGAAUUCAAUAAUUGCUGCUUAUGAGCAAAAUGAUGAUGCAAUUAUGGCUCGUUCAUACUUUGACAAGAUGCAACAAGUUGGCAUCCAGCCUGAUUUGUUGACACUUGUUAGUUUGGCUUCAAUCGUUGCUCAGUUGAAUGAUCAUCUAAACAGCAGGGCUGUUCAUGGAUUUAUCUCUAGGAAAUGCUGGUUUGAAGAUACUGUUAUUGGGAAUGCAGUUGUGGACAUGUAUGCUAAAUUGGGCAUGACAGAUUUUGCCCGUAUGGUAUUUGAAAGACUUCCUGCUAGAGAUGUGAUUUCGUGGAAUACUUUGAUAACUGGCUACACUCAAAAUGGUCUUGCCAGCGAGGCAGUUGAAGUGUAUCACGUGAUGAAAGAAUGCAAAGAUAUUAUUCCAACCCAAGGGACUUGGGUUAGUAUUCUACCAGCCUAUUCUCAUUUAGGAGCCUUGCAGCAAGGCAUGAAAAUUCAUGGGCAGGUUAUUAAAAAUUCUCAAUUCCUGGAUGUUUUUGUGGGCACCUGCCUCAUUGACAUGUAUGGAAAAUGUGGAAAAUUGGAUGAUGCAAUGUCAUUAUUUCAUGACGUGCCAAGAAAGAAUUCAGUCCCAUGGAAUGCCAUGAUCUCUUGUCUUGGAGUUCAUGGGGAUGGUGAGAAAGCUCUUAAGCUCUACAGGGACAUGAUAGCUGAAGGAGUAAAGCCUGAUCCUGUCACUUUUGUGUCUUUAUUAUCGGCUUGUAGCCAUUCAGGUCUAGUCAGCGAUGGUCAACAGUGUUUUCAGGUGAUGCAGGAGUAUGGGAUUAAGCCUACUUUGAAGCACUAUGGCUGCAUGGUAGAUUUAUUUGGUAGGGCUGGGGAUCUGGAAAUGGCAUACACGUUUAUAAAAAAUAUGCCAAUACAGCCUGAUGCUUCUAUGUGGGGUGCUCUUCUUGGUGCAUGUAGAAUUCAUGGACAUACCGAGUUGGGUAAAUACGCUUCAGCUCGCUUGUUCGAAGUUGAUUCAGAAAAUGUUGGCUACUAUGUUUUGUUAUCAAACAUUUAUGCUACUGUAGGGAAAUGGGAGGGCGCAGAUAAGGUGAGAUCAUUGGCUAGGGACAGGGGACUGAGGAAGACUCCUGGGUGGAGCUCUAUUGAAAUGAACAAUAAGGUUGAUGUCUUCUAUACCGGAGUGAAAACUCAUCCAAAAUAUGAGGAGAUAUUCAGAGAGUUGAGGGAUUUGAAUGCAAAAAUGAAGACCCUCGGUUACGUUCCAGACUUUAGCUUUGUGUUGCAAGAUGUUGAGGAGGAUGAGAAAGAAUAUAUCCUCAUGGGCCAUAGUGAGAGGUUGGCCAUUGCUUAUGGAAUUAUCAGCACUCCCCCUAAAAGCCCCAUUAGAAUAUUUAAAAAUUUGCGAGUUUGUGGUGAUUGCCACACUGCAACUAAAUUUAUAGCUAGAAUUACCGAGAGGGAAAUCAUCGUGAGGGAUUCAAACCGUUUUCAUCACUUUAGGGAUGGACACUGCUCCUGUGGCGACUAUUGGUGACAGAUCAUGACUUAAAUCAUUGGAACUGACCUUGGUGAACUAAUUUGGCUGUUGAGUUUUGGUUUUCUUGAAGGGUUCCUCUAUCUCUCAUUGCUUUAGCAGCCGCUGGAGCUCCAGAUUCUGGACUCCAGAGUGAGCUGCUGUCAAAACGAAAAUAACAACAAAGUACCCAACUGCCUUUCUUUUCAUCACUAGGGAAAUUUUGCCAAACAAUUAGUAGCACGAGGCUAAUAAAAAACAUCUUUUUGACAUUACUGUGGAUGAAGCUUUUAUUUACUGUUGA